AUGCUCACCAAGAACAAGGCGGCAGAUGGGGAUGAUGGGAUCCGGUUGUUGGAUGAGAAGGACUUUAACACCGCCAUCAUCGAAACCUCACAAUGGCUUCCAUCGGAUGACAAGCGUUCCGACGAAGCUACCCGCUUUCUGGACCCUGAGAAGGCGGACGUUGACGCCGCCGGCGCCGAUCACCACCCCGCGUCAGAAGCUUCGCCGUCCGAAUUAGACGGCCGCGAACCAUUCGAUCCCAUCUUGUGGUCCGCUAGGAAGCGGUGGACUCACAUCUUAGUGGUCGCCUUCAUUACAUGCGUCACUCCCUUAGCCUCCGCCGUGUACACGCCGGCGUUAGACCAGGUGAUCCGCGACUUCGGCAUCGAAGACGACCCCUCGCUGGCGCACCUGACGGUGUCUGCGUACGUGCUGGGGUUCUCGGCCGGGCCGCUGCUGAUUGCGCCGCUGAGCGAGGUGUUUGGCAAGAGGCCGGUGUACCAGGUCAGCAAUGUGCUUCUUCUCCUCUGUAAUCUGGGCUGCAUGGUCGCGCCGUCGGCGGAGUGGCUCGUCUUCUUCCGGUUCCUGGCGGGGUGCGCCGGGGCGAGCCCGAUCACGCAGGGUUCCGGGACGGCGACGGACGUGAUGCUGAAGCAUGAGCGGGCGAGGGCGUUGUCGGUGAUGGCGUUCGGGAGCGUCUGCAGUCCUGCGGUCGGGUCUGCGCUCGGAGGCGGGAUUGCGCAGGUUUGGGGCUGGAGGGGGUGCUUUGGCUUCUUGGUUUUUAUGUGUUUGAUAAGUACCAUCCUCACGCAGGUGUUCAUGCGCGAGACGUACUUGCCGGUGCUUCGGCGCAAGUACGCCGCAAUGGGCAUUGUUGGUAACGUUGACGGUGAGGUGGACGAGAGCAAGACCGUUGCACCGAAGCCGUUGCGGUCGCUGCUCUACAAGGCGGCGAUCCGGCCUUUGACCUUAGCCUUCGAGCCUAGUAUACUGCCGGCCAUCAUGGUUACAUCGUUCUUCUACGGCCUCCAGGUUUGGCUGUAUAUCGAUGUGCCGAUGACUUACAAGACGGUAUAUGACUUCAACACCGCCGAGGCCGGUCUGGCAUUUGCCGGCAUGGGCAUCGGCAUGUUCACCGGACUCCUCAUCUUCGGCUUUCUGAGCGAUGUCGUGGUUUCGAGACUUGCGCGCGGCGGUGAUAGGCUUCCAGAGCACCGUCUCCCGCUGCUGAGUGCCGCUGCUCUCCUGGUCGUGGCUGGCUUGAUUAUAUUUAACAUGACUGCUCGGCCGGGCGUGUCCUACUUGGUGCCCUUGUUAGGCGACUACAUCAUUGGCAGCGGGCUAUUUGCCAUCACUAUGACAUCGGCCGUAUACAUCAUUGACCUUUCACCCCAGCAUGCGGUGGCGACGAGCGCCUCGCUUGCUCUUCUCAGAUACCCCUCUGGAGCAUUGUUUCCGCUGGCGGAGCAAGCUUUGGAGACUUUGACCAGCAACAGCACCGCAAAGUGGUUCAUCACAGCCGCUGCGGUUUCGACAGUGCCGCUUGCACCCCAAAGCAAUCCCUCCUCUACCCAUCAACCAGGCUCUGCGCCGCCAGGACUUCUCAUUGACCUCGAUAACACAUCAUCAGGCCUUCGGGAACGGGGAGGGAGUUCCGCCAACAGCCAUAGCACCGCCGUUGCAGACACCGAGAGCUUCGAGCUCGACGACUACAAGCCCAUUGCCGAGCGCAAGACCGCCGACGACCGAGCCGCCCGGCGCGAACAGAAGAGACUUUGGAAGAAGCAGUGGCUCGAGCAGCAGGACGACAUGAAGUUCUCCCACAGCAUCCAGUUUAAUGCUGUUCCGGACUGGAGCAGUCAUUACAUUGCCUACAGCAACCUCAAGAAGCUGAUCUACCAGCUCGAGAAGACCGUCCACCAGACGAGCGCAGGCGACGCGGAAUCGAGACCCCUCAUCCGAAAUGAAGAACCGGAAGACGUCUUCAGCCGCGCCCUCGGCGUAGAGCUGGAGAAGAUUUGCUCCUUUUACGUAGCCAAGGAGGGCGAGCUUCUGGACGAGGUCAACCAGCUACUUGGCGACGUCGGCAACUUCUCUUCGGAAGAUGAGGAGGAGAACGGUGGGCCUAGACGGUCGUUCGGCAGCGGACACCGACCGGGCAUGCCGGGGACCAACGGCAGAAGAUCCGAGUCGAUCGAUGGCAACAUGGACGACAGCGAUGACGAUGAGGACGACGACGAGACCACCGGUCUGACAAAGAGCCGGUCCAGCCUUGGUGGAGGCAGGCGCAAGACAGCUCCCAACCUCGGCCACUCCACGACUGAGCUGACGGCGUCGACCGAGCUGACGCUGGGAAGAUCAUUACGACGUUACAGCACCACGCAGGACGAGAUUCCGGACCAGUCCUUCCUCUACUCGUCGAGCAUCAUGCUCAAGAAGCGUAUCAUCAGCCUCUAUGUCCAGCUCUGUGAGCUUAAGUCGUACGUGCAGCUCAACAGAACGGGUUUCCGCAAGGUGUUGAAGAAAUUCGACAAGAUCGUGGACAGGGAGCUGCGCCCCAAGUACAUGAGCACCCACGUCGAUUCCGCCUACCCCUUCAAGGUGGAGAGCAUCAAGACGAUCGAAGAGAACAUUUCCAAGAUGGAAAAGGCAUACGCUGAGGUUGUCACCAAUGGCGACGAGAACCUCGCCAAGAGAGAUCUGCGGUCUCACCUCCGCGAACAUGUCGUCUGGGAGCGGAACACUGUCUGGAGAGACAUGAUCGGUAUGGAGCGCCGUGCUGAAGCUGCCAGCUUGGGCAGAACCCUGCUGGGUAGAGACGGUUUAUCCGGCGCUCGACGACUCCAAGGAGAUGACGAGCUCGCCCCCGUCACAAAGGAGGUGGUUACUCCCGUGGGACGCUUCGUCGUCCCGACCUGGGUGGCCAGCACGCCCUUGCUUACCCUUCUGAUUGCGUUUGUCAUCUUCUUUCUGCUCCUCUUCAUUCCCAUCAUGGAGAAGCCUGAGCAGCAAAACUGUUUGGCACUGAUCGUGUUCGUCAGCAUCUUGUGGGCUACGGAGGCUAUUCCAUUAUUCGUGACUUCGCUGAUGAUCCCCUUCCUCUGCGUUGUCUUGACUGUCGUUCGCUCAGAGGACAAGCCGCAUAGGAGGCUUGAUUCCAAGGCUGCUACCUCGUACAUCUUCUCGGCCAUGUGGACACCCGUCAUCAUGCUUCUCCUGGGUGGUUUCACCUUGGCGGCGGCGUUGUCUAAGUGCAAGAUUGACAAGCGACUUGCCACGUUUGUUCUGAGCAAGGCGGGAACCACCCCCCGGACGGUCCUCAUCGCCAACAUGCUGGUCGCCGCUUUCGCGAGUAUGCUGAUUAGCAACGUUGCUGCCCCUGUCCUUUGCUUCUCCAUUAUCGAGCCAAUGCUGCGCACAUUGCCUUCUGAGUCCAACAUGUCCAAGGCGGUCAUCAUGGGUAUUGCGCUUGCCUCCAACAUUGGUGGCAUGCUGUCGCCCAUCGCAUCGCCGCAGAACGUGGUUGCUGUUGGAAUCAUGAAGCCGGCGCCUACCUGGAUCCAGUGGUUCUUCAUUGUCAUUCCCGUUGGCGUUGUCUCGCUACUCGUGAUCUGGGUUCUGCUUCUCAUCACUUUCCAGCCAAGCAAGGGAACCACAAUUGCCCCCAUUCGUCCUGUGAAGGAGAAGUUCACCGGCAUUCAGUACUUUGUCUCCAUCGUAACGAUUGUCACAAUCGGUCUGUGGUGCGCCAGCCAUCAGUUGGAAGGCGUCUUCGGAGACAUGGGUGUCAUUGCCAUCAUCCCCAUCGUCCUGUUCUUUGGUAUUGGUAUUCUGACCAAGGAAGACUUCAACAACUUCCCGUGGACCAUCAUUAUCCUGGCUGCUGGAGGCUUGGCUCUGGGCAAGGCGGUCAAGUCAUCUGGCCUGCUGCACACCAUCGCCGGCGUGGUAACCAAGGAGGUCGAGGGCAUGAGCCUCUACGGAGUUCUUGUUGUGUUCUCGUCCCUGAUUCUCAUCAUUGCCACCUUCAUCAGCCACACGGUCGCGGCUCUUAUCAUCUUGCCUCUGGUGUUCGAUGUCGGCAGCAACAUGGACGAGCCUCACCCCAACCUGCUCGUCAUGGGUGGUGUGCUAAUGUGCAGUGCCGCUAUGGGAUUGCCUACCAGCGGAUUCCCCAACAUGACUGCCAUCAUGAAGGAAGAUCCGACCGGCCAGAGAUAUCUCCAAGUGAAGCACUUCAUCAGCAGAGGUGUUCCCAGCAGUAUCCUCACACUGGCUGUCGUUGUGACCCUUGGAUACGGGCUGAUGAGGGUCGCUGGACUAGACUAA